AUGAGCACACCCACGACCUCUGCUCGCAUCUUCCUGAUCCGCCACGGCGAGACAGAUUGGAUCACCGGGGGAAAAUUCGCUAGUCGAACGGACGUACCCUUGUCUACAAUGGGUGAACGAGACGUCAGAUUAGUCCGCGAACGUCUCGUCGCUGAAAACGAAAUGAUUAAUCCAGCAGGUGUUGCCAAGAUCUACUGCUCCCCGCGCAUCAACGCCCGCCGUACGGCCGAAAUCCUCAGACUGGGAACCCGCAAUCACUUGCAUUUCCUGGACAGAGAGACGGGGCAGACUUUCGAGACCGAAUCGCAGAUUGAAGGAGACACGGCGGAUGCAAAUAUCCAUGUGACCAAGUGGUUGGAAGAAUGGGACUUUGGGGACUAUGAGGGGCUGACGUUGCAGAGCAUUAAAGAUGCGAGGAUGAAAAAGUUUGGCAGUCCGACUUGGGACAUCUGGAGGGAGGGUUGUCCUGGCGGAGAAUCUCCCCAGCAAGUGACUGUACGUGUCGACGAGCUCAUUGCCGAGAUUAAAUCCGUCAUCGAGGCCAAUUCGGCUACUUGGCCCGGUGGCCAGAUGGAUUCUCAUCGCAGCCAACACGCGCAGGAUAUUGUCUGUGUCGCUCAUGGACAUAUUCUAGCCGCGAUGGCGAUUCGGUGGGUUGGCUUGUCGUUGGAUACGGGAACGAUGAGGUUGAUUUUUGAGCCUGGGGGUGUAGGGGUUUUAGGAUUUGAGCAUGAUAAUAUCAAACAGCCGGCUAUCGUGGUGGGGAGGAAGCCUGGACGUUCGGAUCGGAUGUUAUGA